AUGCAUCUAUCAAACAAACAACGUUUAAUGAAUAAAACAUUUACAAUACUAUCAAAUAAAUAUAAUAAUGUUGAACAAGAUCAAUCGAAUUGUAUUUUGGAAAAUAUCAGUCAAUUAUCAAAAACAUUAGACAAUAAUCGAUUUUGUACAUUUACCAAAUAUAAGAUCAAACAACAACAUCAACCAACAACAGUUAUUGUCAAUCAACAUCAACAACGAUAUUUUGAUUCACCAACAAUGAUUACAUUAGACGAUGAUGAUGAUGAUGAUGAUGAUGAUGAUGAUAAUAAUAUUCCUUUAAUUCGUUGUUCAAAUAAUAAAAAAUCGAUUACUACUAAUUCAGAACCAAGUCUUGAUGAUACUGAACUUAGUGAUCUUUUAAUCUUUACUAAUCCAAAUCGUAUUUUAACAGAAUCAAUGCAAGUUGUUAUAAGUCGUCAUCCAUCAUUACAAGAUUUUAAGUAUGUUAAUGAUAUAAGCAGUGUAUUAAUUGAACAACAAUAUAAAGAAGAACCUAUUUAUCAAGAAUUAAUUCAAAUCGAUCAUUUAAUAUCAACACCACCAAUAGAUCAUAUGAAUGAUAUUGAUGAAAAUAAAGAAAAUCGUCCUCCAUUAAUGCCAAUUAAAUAUCAUAUAUCACGUAUACCUGUUUGGACACCAUCAAAUAAUAAUAAGAAUAUGAAUACACCAAAAAUAUUAAGUAAAAGCAAAAAAAAUGACGAAACAAAGAAAAAACCAAUAAUUAAACCAUGUCUCACCGAUUUACUUGAUGAAUGGUCUCAUAUGACACCUAAACUCAAAGAAUUAUUGUCAAAUACACGUAAAAUACCACUUCAUACGCCUGAAUUGACAACAAAUAAUAUUGAAUUUCGUCGUCUGAAACAAUUAUUAAACGAUAUGGAAAUGACAAUAUCAUCAUGGACAAAUGCUAUUAAUCAGUGUCGUUAUGUUCUUCAACAUGCUCAAAAACAAUUUCAUCGUUCAUAG